AUGAUCACCUUCAAGCCUCCUCCGAUCCCUUCGUCCUAUCGUCGUUCCUCGAUGCUCCACUUCAUCGACUCGUCGGAGUCGGACGACGAGAAUCUCGAUGAGUUGCCACGUCAUCUGCCUCCUCAUCCGGUCGUCAGAAGACUGGCUCCGCUUCGGUACAAUAUGUCACGUGCCACGUCAUCUCAAAACCUGAAGGACACGACGUCUUCGUCGUUACGUUCUGGUGCAGCCGAUGCAGAUGACACAGUUUAUGCGAGAGGUCUGAUGAGCUCGAGAAGAGCGUCGUGCUUCGAACUCAAUAAAGAGGACGAGUUCAAAGUGAUGGCUGCCGAUAAACUUUUGAUGGCGAUGGAAAAUAUGAAACGGGCGGAAAAUCAGGCCGUUAGAUGGAGGGGAACUUCCACAGAAUCACUACCUGGCAUUGUGCCAAGCAAGAAUCGACGACACUCAAAAGGACCAUUGGAAUUGAUUCACAAUCUGAUGGCCAAAAAAACUCAGAAUAAGAGUUUCAUGGUCGGACCACCGACUUUGAUUUCUUCUACUGUAUCACUUCAUGAGAUUACUGUAAGAUUAAAGCUAAAAAUAUAUCAAACAAAUAAGAGAAAACUUGAGAAGAAAACGAGAAAACCUUUUCACGUUUCAGACACGAGGACCUUCUGGAGCAUCGGCAGAAGGAACGCAUCAGAAGAGUAAUGGAAGUAAUCAGUUGACACGGAAUAUCAUGAACGAGGUGAGAGAAUUGAAAACAAUUCGGGCUCUUUUUCAGAAAAUUGUUCCAAAUCUGAAAAAUGAGAGAACAUAGAAAAAUGACCAACCACGGCGGACCUGUGUUUGUCAAGUGUAAACACAUGGUCGUUCACAGUCAUGCAGAAGUCGUUUUUGUGUAUUUUUCGCUCUUUUCACACUUUUCUCUCUCUCUCUCUCUCUCUCUCUCUCUCUCUCUCUCUCUCUCUCUCUCUCUCUCUCUCUCUCUCUCUGUGUGUGUGCGUGUGUGUGUAUUUUUCUUCGUGACCGUUUCACAUUGAACGAAAUGGGGGAAAAUUCUGGAAUUCUUUUUAAUCCUCAUCUUUCAGGUGCUCACCAAGGUCGGGCCCUACCCACAGAUCGUGCUUCCAUCGAGCGGGUUCUGGAUGGACGGUGUCAAUCAGCAUCAGGCAGGAAUGGACGAUCAAGUGACGAAUAUGAAUGUGAACAGUUGUGCUCGCUUCAAACUGGAAACCGACGAGACGAGCCACUGCUAUCGUCGCCACUUCUACGGAAGAGAACAUCACGACUUCUUUGCCAACGACCCGGUCGUCGGGCCUCUUGUUCUUUCCGUUCGCACAGAGGUCAUCUCCUCCUGCGACCACUUCCGUAUCAUUCUCCGAACUCGCAAGGGAACCAUCCACGAGAUUGUGUCCGCUUCUGCCGUUGCGGACCGUCCGUCUGCCUCUCGAAUGGCCAAACUGCUCUGCGAAGAGAUCACCACGGAGCAUUUCUCUCCUGUCGCUUUCCCGGGAGGAUCGGAGCUCAUUGUGCAGUAUGAUGAGCAUGUGUUGACGAACACUUACAAGUUUGGAGUGAUCUACCAAAAAGGCGGACAGACUACCGAAGAACAGUUGUUCGGAAACCCGCAUGGAAGCCCGGCAUUCGAUGAAUUCUUGUCGAUGAUUGGCGACACUGUGCAGCUGUAUGGAUUCCAGGUGAGAUAGCAUACCGUGGUUUUCAGAUCGAAUAAUUUUGAUUUCAGAAGUACCGCGGAGGUCUCGACACAGUGCACAAUCAAACUGGACACCAAUCAGUGUACAGUGAAUUCAAGAAUCGCGAAGUGAUGUUCCACGUCUCCACAAUGCUCCCGUACACGAUUGGAGAUGCCCAGCAGCUUCAAAGAAAACGACACAUUGGAAAUGACAUCGUCGCAAUCAUUUUCCAGGAGGCCAACACUCCGUUUGCUCCGGAUAUGAUAGCCUCCAACUUCCUCCACGCCUAUGUUGUCGUUCAACCGAUUGACGCGCUCACCGACCGAGUACGGUACCGUGUUUCGGUCGCCGCUCGUGACGACGUUCCGUUCUUCGGACCCACUCUUCCGACGCCGUCGAUCUUCAAACGAGGACAAGACUUCAGGAACUUCUUGCUCACCAAACUCAUCAACGCCGAAAAUGCAGCUUACAAAAGCUCAAAGUUUGCCAAACUGGCCGAACGAACAAGAUCAUCGCUGCUCGACGGACUCUACGCGACUCUCCGCGAACGUGCCGAGUUCUACGCCACUCCACUACUCGAAUCGACGUCGUCUUCUGGAGCAUCUAACGUCUCCAACACGUCCACAUCGUCUGGCUCGUCUGGAAUUCUCAGCUCAGUCAAGAAAGCGUUCAUUGGAAGAAGUCGCUCGGUGUCGCAAGAGGUGCCGCAUGCUCCGCACCGAGCGGCUACUAUUAACGUGGUCAGCCGACCGAAGAAGUCGGUGUCGUCGACAAGCUCGUCCGCAUCGGCAAGGACCCAUUCGCCGAUUAGGGAUGAUGUAGCUAAGACAUACAGGUGAGAACUUUUAGCGCCCAAAUCUUGUAGUUUGUAGUCUGACAGACCCGAGAGAUGAAUGAGAGCAGCGCCCAAAUCGUGUGAUUUGUAGUCUGACAGACCUAAGCGGAAUGAGAGCAGCGCCCAAGGUCAAAUUAAUCAUUUUUCAUUUUCAGAAACGAAUGGGAAGUUUCGUCGCAAGAAUCGCCAGACAACGAACACGAUUCGGAUACUGGAAUGGUAAUUACCUUUUAGCUUUAAAAUUCUAUUGAUCCCGUUUCUUCAGGAAUCCAUGUCCUCAGCGGAACUCUCCUCUCAUCAGACACGUGCCUCUUCGUGUACUUUCUGUGUCGAUGAUUUCCACACGUCUUCAGAAGCAAAACGGCUUGAAACUUUGUGUGUCGACGUCGCCCGUCUUCAGAAUGAGAAGCAUGAUUUAUUACGACAGAAUGUUUCGUGCAAAACUGACAUAAAGAAGUUGAAGGACAGGUACGCCGAAAUCAUCGCUAUUCCGUGUGAGUACCAAAAUUUCAGACAAAGUAUCCUGUCAGAAGAACUUGAACGCGCCAACGACGAGAUUUCGCGUCUGCGCCGAAUGCUGAAGAAGCCGUCGUCGAGUGAUAUGGCGCCAGUUCAUCAGCACUUCGAACGCUCCUAUUCAGAUGUAUCCGUGUGA